AAAGUUAUUUUUCUAACUAAGUCGGUCAUGUGAAGUCGGCGUAUUAUCUCUAGGGCUUUCCGCCGCUAGAGUAUAUCUUCCGCUAUCAGCAGAAGCCGAGGAGCCGCGUUUUUGUUAUUCAAGUAGCGACACUAGGUGUAGGAGUUUUGCAGACGGUUGAAAGAUUGGUACAGGGGGUUGCGAGUUUUCUUCCUUGUUCUCUACCUUAGGCGGACGAUCGACAAAGAGGGGGCGGCGUUUUGGUGCUGGAAACGACGAAAAUUGAUGGAAUCAAUCUUGGACCAGUAUAAACAAAUGGAUAUUGUAGAGGAAGCAGGUGAAUUGGAUCUGGACGAGCAGGAUUUCAACGAGGUUGCGGCGGAGUAGACUCGACCAACUUUUCCGGUGGUCGGCGCUUUGCUAACGGAUAAAAAGAUCAAGUUUCAGAUCUUCAAGGGUCUUAUGGCUUUGCUAUGGAGAUCAGGUAAAGGAGUUUCUAUAAAAGAAAUUGGCAAGAAAAUGUAUCUCUUUAUCGUUUACCAUAGGUUGGGUAUGGAUCAUGUCUUAGAUGGUGGUCCGUGGUUUUUUGAAAGAAAUUUGUUGUCACUAAAAGAAGUUAAACCAGAGGAUAGUCCGCUCAAAAUUGAUCUUAAGGAGGCAGAAUUCUGGGUCCAAGUCUAUAAUGUUCCUUAUAGUUUGAUGAACCUAGGUACUGCUAGAAGAAUUGAUAAUUUUAUUGGCAGUUUUGUCAAAUAUGAUGACAAUCAAUUUGAUGAAAAGUGGGAAGCUUAUUUGUGUGUCAGGGUUUGUAUGGAUGUGAGUAAAUCUCUGAAGAAAGGAACAACCCUUAAGAAAUCAAGAAUUGAGCAUUGGGUGGAUUUCAAAUAUGAAAAGUUGCCCAUUUUUUGCUUCAUUUGUGGAAUUAUCGGACAUGCUAUUAUGUUUGUCCUCUGACUUACGACGAUAAUCUGAUAUUGGAGAAAAAGGUAUGGAGUUAGUUUGAGAGCUGGUGGGGUGGUGAAGACUAGUCCUACAGGAGGAAACAAGUGGCUUGUGGAGGGAUCCUCUAGUACGUGCAGCUCAGAGUCAUUCAUCCAAAGAGAAUUCCAAGACGGGAGGCGGAUCGGGAGGGCAAAGCUGGAAGGAAACUACAGUUGGAACAGAGGAUAACACGACUAAGGAUGGGGAUUUAGAAAGCAAUGAGGAAGUGUCAGAAGAGAAGGACAUGGGAAGCAUAGGACCAGAGUGGACCAGGUAGGGAUAAUAUGGUUGUUCACAAACCAAGAAACGGGGCGGAGGCGGGCUCAGAAGUCUAAGCCCGCCCAAGGGAAAGUCUCAAGUAGGAGGAUCGAGAUGGUGGAUGGUUUUUUAUUUCUAGAAGACUAUGAAGAAUUUUUAUUUUCUUGUUGUUGCGCUUGUGUUUUAUGAUGUUGAGUUUUUUUAUUUAUGUUCAGCUUGUUUUUUGUUGCACUGUAAGACUAUGAGCUUGGAUUUGGGUGAUAGGAAAUCUGCGGUGAUCGUCUUUAGCUCAGUGGCACCCAUUAAUGAAUCAACAAGUUGUUUUGCUUCUGAUGAAGUGAUUAACUCUGAGUAUGAUUUGAGGGUCGACAAUUGGCAGCUAUCUUUUUGUCUUUUUAGCCCAUAUUUGUAUGCUGUGAUAUCAAUAUAAG